UGUUUAUUGCUGUGUUGAGUCUUUGUGCUGACCGAUAGAUAAUAUUUUCGGUACGGUUGAAGUGUCUUCUAACCACACCUCUUAGUUAUAUUUCCUGUCUUUAAACAGGUGAUCUCUGAGUUCUUAUGUCGCAGGUAAUGCUGGACGACAUAAAAAAUCGUCAGUGAUUGGCAUAUUAUCAAAUCGAUUGCUGUUGUUAGGUGUCCUAAAGUCUCAUUCUGCAAAGCUGUCCUAUGGUUACAACUCCAGAAUGAAUGUCGGAAAAAGCGGAUACCGAGUCUUCUCCGCCAAUUCUACCACAGCAUGCACAGAGCUUGCAAAGAGGAUCACAGAGCGUCUUGGUGUGGAGUUGGGAAAGUCAGUCGUCUACCAAGAAGCAAACAGAGAGACCAGAGUGGAUGUGAAAGAGUCAGUGAGAGGACAAGACAUCUUUAUCAUCCAGACCAUACCGAGAGAUGUAAACACAGCAAUAAUGGAACUCCUGAUCAUGGCCUACGCACUGAAGACCUCCUGUGCCCAAAACAUCAUAGGGGUCAUUCCCUAUUUCCCCUACAGCAAACAGUGCAAGAUGAGAAAGAGGGGCUCCAUAGUGUGCAAACUGCUGGCCUCCAUGCUGGCCAAAGCAGGCCUCACACACAUCAUCACCAUGGACCUGCACCAGAAAGAGAUCCAAGGCUUCUUCACCUUCCCCGUGGACAACCUGCGCGCCUCCCCUUUCCUCAUUCAGUACAUCCAAGAGGAGAUUCCUGAUUACAGAAAUGCCGUGAUUGUUGCAAAAUCUCCAUCAGCUGCAAAGAGGGCUCAGUCAUUUGCGGAGCGGCUGCGUCUGGGUCUGGCUGUGAUGCACGGAGAGCCUCAGUGCUCAGAGUCAGACAUGGCAGAUGGGCGAAACUCCCCACCUGCAGUUCGCACCUCCACUGGGCCCCCUGGCCUGGAGCUCCCCUGGAGACAGCAAGCUCCGUUUCCUGGCAUAGAGCUUCCAAUGAUGAUGGCAAAGGAGAAACCGCCCAUAACUGUGGUAGGAGACGUAGGUGGAAGGAUUGCCAUCAUUGUUGAUGACAUCAUUGAUGAUGUGGAGGACUUUGUCGCCGCGGCUGAGAUUCUGAAGGAGAGAGGAGCUUACAAGAUCUACAUCAUGGCGACACACGGCCUUCUCUCUGCUGAAGCGCCCAGGCUUAUAGAGGAGUCCGCCAUCGACGAGGUUGUGGUGACUAACACCGUUCCGCACGAGGUUCAGAAGCUACAGUGUCCUAAGAUUAAAACGGUGGACGUCAGCAUGAUUCUAGCCGAGGCCAUUCGCCGUAUCCAUAACGGAGAGUCCAUGGCUUACCUGUUUCGCAACAUCGCCGUGGAUGAUUGAAGCUGUCGAUGCCCAAUCAGAUGCUGCUCAGGACUGCCACCCAGGGGCGGGGACCAGAAAGUGCAGGAGGACUCCUCUCUUUUCCGACCAACACAUAAUAGUGUGUGCGCACCCAACACUCACAUUUCCAGCAAGAUCAAGGACCUCAUACGCUUUGCAGUAUUUUUUUUUUUUCCCUCUCCUUUUCCUCUCUGCUAUCUGCUCAAGUUCUUCUGACCAAUAAACCUAAAAAUGCUGUUUGGUAAUUUCAUUGAGAGGAUUGUAUUGACAUAAUCGUUAUGUUUAUGCUGUUUAAAUGGCGUAUGAAAGCGUUGCGUCUUACAGGGUUUAAGAUUUAAGCUCUCCGGGCGUCUCUGAAGUUGUCCGAAACGUCGGAAAGCCAGGUUUCUUCAAACGUACGCUACAGACAGUCAAAUGUAUUCAAUUUAACAGCUCGGUUCAGAUGUGAAGGAGGUCAGGUGACGCCUGCUCCCCUUCAGAGUCUCUCAGUAUUAAACCCUAGUACAUUAUUGACAAAUUACACACUCACCCACAUUAAUCAGAAUUGUGAAAAUGCAGAAUUUUUCUCUCCACCAUGUUCGAAGUAUAAAUCUGUUACCUUAUUCCUAAGUCUCCUUAGAAUGGGUUCACUGUUGCUGAUUGUUGUGGUUGUCUGGAAAGUGCUCUUCCCUUUU